AUGGACCGGCAAGACAGCACUGUUCUUGUAAAAAGAGUUGGAUGCAAUGUUAUUCUAUGCACUAAAAACGCAUUGAAGAUUAUCACUUUACGGCCAGUCCAAGACAGCCAUCACAAACUUAUUCAUACAUAUGAAAGGGACAGCUCAUCGUCGUUUAAGACUUUGCGAAGAAUUCUGAAAGAUCCAAAGAAAGCUUUGAAACUCAGAGGGAGCAAAAAGGUAAAUCUUAUAAUGCUAUUGGCAAUUAGAGAAAGCAACAAUGUUCCUGGUGCUUUCGCGGGUGUUUUUGAGGACAUUCUCAUUGGUAGAUCACAGGACACAAAAUUAGGUACAGCUCAAAAGAAAAUUCUCAAAUUGCUCACUAAGAAUUCCAAACUUUUGAAAAAGUUGCUGUACAAGAAUCCUAGGGUGUUUUUAGACUUUAUCAAAAUUUUUAAUAUUAAAAAUCUGAGUGGUUUUGAAAAAGAAAUUAAAAUCUUGAGAGAAGUCGAGAAGCAUGCCAACAAAUCCCGUGAUCAUUAUGGCCUGCCUCUCCGACUUCAUUGCGACUUCUGUCUAGAAAAUACCAACUCGACAUUGAUAUUCUUCGAUGAGUACCAGAAGAUGAUUGAUGGGAUUAGGAGGAGGAAGCCAUAUAACAGCCUUAUAAAAGAAUCCGAGUUUUACCCAGAAAUUAUGCUCUACAACGAUUUUAUGCUAUCUAAGGUCAACCAAGAAUUUUUCGACAGAGAGCUGCUAAAUCGGAGCUUUGUUACGGACAAUGAAAUUUUGGUAAGAAACUAUGUUAAGCGACAAGUUCAAAAGAAAAAAUAG